CCGAUUACCAAUGUGGGUACUCCGGCAUGCAUUGAAUCAAACUUUGCUGACUCAGUACUUAGCGAUAAUAGGAUCGGAAUGAAUUUUUUCGUCUGGGUCCUCCGCGUUGGUGUGUCCCACAACCCAUCAAACAAAAAACCCUAAACCUCGAAACGGUGUAUAACUUUGAAAAGAGCUUUUACUGCAUUUCUUCUUUUAGCCCCCACCCCCUUGGUUUUCUCUUUUACUGCAACGCAUAAACAACAGCAGUGGUAAUAGUAACAGCAACUAACAGGAACAACAAUGACAACGGUCUUUACACUUUUUGGCAUGAACGUGGUGCACAACAACGCACCUGCGUUACCAGCACGAUCGCAGCCAACUACAUACCACGAAUACAUUGACUUUUUGAAACAGCAGCUGCAUUCCCCUAGUGCUAUCACGCCAUCGCUGAAACAACAAUCUAAAAUACGCAUUCAGUGUCAAGUGCGAGCACGUAUUCCGACCAAUGAAGGUGGCGAAAUGUACCUCCACCUGUACAAGAACAACCAAGACACCAAGGAGCAUUUGGCCAUUGUGUAUGGCGACGACAUUCGGUCACGAUCCUUGGACAAUGCCUGGGAAAAUGAAACAAUCAUGAAUCGAAUUGUUCGAGGCGCUUACUAUGGCCGCUUGGAAGAGGUUGUCACGGACGAGUGCCGUAACCUAAACUUGACAGAAGAUCAAACUCGGUACUUGGAGGAGCAGCAGGAUAAAGCCAAGGCCAGUUUUGCUCAGUCAGCCGAACCUCCCUUGGUACGGAUCCAUUCCGAGUGCUUCACGGGAGAAACGGUUCAUUCAGCACGUUGUGAUUGUGGCGAACAAUUGGAUGAGGCCAUGCGCUUGAUGCAGGAGGCGGGACGAGGUGUCGUUGUGUAUUUGCGUCAAGAAGGUCGUGGUAUUGGUUUAUUGGAAAAACUAAAAGCCUACAAUUUGCAGGAUUUAGGUCAUGAUACCGUGGCAGCCAACGUUCUGCUGAAGCACCCGCCUGAUGCACGCACAUACGGCAUUGCAAACGCCAUUCUUGAGGAUCUGGGACUCGAGAAUGUGAUGAUGCUUACAAACAACCCUGACAAGAUAGAGCAACUGGAAGCCUUUGGAUCUGUCAAGGUGGUAGAGCGGAGGGCCAUGGUGCCACGGUCAUGGUCGUCCACGCCCGUGCCUGUCAACGACCUGUUACGAACACCAUCGUCUUCACCCGCUCCUCAAUCGUCGCCUCUCAUGCGUGGGAAAGAAUUGGACAAAUACCUCGCUGUCAAGGUUCAAAAGAUGAGACAUUUGUUGGAUUUACCACAAGGUCUUGACAAGUAAAAAGUGCUUUAACACCCUCUUACAUAUGCCUUUGCUUGAUCCCCUCCCCUCCAUGGUUUCUCUCUUGGUUCACUCGUCGUAUACUUAGAUCCCUCCCAUCCACUAAGCGAAAAUCCACUCUUAUAUUUGCUCCUUUUAUGG